CUGAGGUUUCUCUUUGCAGCAACCGGCAGAGGCGGGCGGCGAAGCUCUGCUCCAGAUUUUAACGGCCUUUCGUUUUUCAGUCGAGUAACAGAAGAACCCUAUCAGCGAUUGUAAGAGUUUUGAAGAUUAUUUGCUCGUAAAAAGCGUGGGCAAUUAGGGUUUCGAUUUUUUUCUCCUUGUUUCUGGAAAAGUAUUGACAAAAGCUUGAGCAUCUUUUCUGGCUAAGUGUCACAGGCGGCGGACAGAUGGAAAUUUUAACGCAUUUUGAGCGGACAAAUAUUUGCUAAAUUAUUGGACGUUUGAAUGCAAUUUCGGCGGUGGUGUUGAAAGGAUUUCGACUCUUUUUAAAAAAAACUAAAUAUUCCAACCUGUAAUUGUUUUUCUGUGUGAAGGAAGUAAUUGAUGGUCUAAGAAUUUCUGUUUUAGCGUUCGUAGAUGCGAGAAGUAAGAAAAAUAAAUAAAUUCUUCAUCAGGCCUUGCAAAUAUUGCAGGAUAUUUCUAAUGUAUAUACGAUCCUGUGCUGAAUUAUAAAAGAUUGAAAACCAUCUCUUGCAUUUUUAAUUUGUAAUUACUUUUUACUCUCACUUUUAAUAACAUCUUUUCACAUUGGAGGCGGCUGGCUUUGCUUUCUCUUCAUUUUUCAUGAAUUAUUUGCACGCAUGUACCGGUUAAAAAUCUAAAAAUAUCUCCCAUAAAAAAAUAUUGUGUUUGGGAGAGAAGUUGAAAAAAAACACUCUCAUAAAAAAAUAUUGUGUUUGGGAGAGAAGUUGAAAAAAAUUACUGGGCUUUGGUAAAUUAAAAAUUCAUAGCCAAAUAAAAGUUCAGAGGUAAAUUAUUGUAAGUUCGAUGGCAAAUCCUGCUCAAACAAUGACACAGAGCAGAACUCAGUACUUGGGAGUGACGGAACCAAUAUCUCUUGGAGGCCCAUCUGAAUUGGAUACUGCCAAAACCACUGAGCUUGAGAAGUUCCUUGUUGAUGCUGGAUUGUAUGAAAGUCAAGAAGAAGCUGUUCGUAGAGAAGAAGUACUUGGCAGAUUGGAUCAGGUUGUUAAGAAAUGGGUAAAGAAAAUAUGCAGGGCGAAGGGCUUCAAUGAGCAGCUUGUCCAUGAAGCUAAUGCUAAAAUUUUUACAUUUGGGUCCUACCGGCUUGGUGUUCAUGGACCAGGUGCAGAUAUUGAUACACUUUGUGUUGGGCCUCGUCAUGCAACGCGAGAGGAGGAUUUUUUCAUUGAGCUCCUUGCAAUGUUAGCGGAGAUGCCGGAAGUGACAGAGCUACACCCUGUGCCAGAUGCACAUGUACCAGUCAUGAAAUUUAAGUUCAACGGAAUAUCAAUUGAUCUGCUUUAUGCAAAACUCUCUCUCUGGGCGAUUCCUGAACAUCUAGACAUCUCCCAGGAUUCCAUUCUAUGUAAUUUGGAUGAACAGAGUGUUAGAAGUUUAAAUGGGUGCAGAGUAACUGAUCAGAUUUUGCGUUUGGUGCCAAAUAUCCAGAAUUUUAGAACAACGCUUAGAUGCAUGAAGCUUUGGGCCAAACGGCGUGGUGUAUAUUCAAAUGUAGCAGGAUUUCUUGGAGGUGUUAACUGGGCAAUACUUGCUGCUAGAAUUUGCCAGUUGUACCCCAAUGCAUUGCCUAGCAUGUUGGUUUCUCGCUUCUUUCGUGUAUAUAGACAAUGGCGUUGGCCAAACCCAGUAAUGCUUUGUCCCAUUGAAGAUGGGACCUUAGGCCUCACUGUAUGGGAUCCACGGAAAAAUAUGCGUGACAGGCUGCAUCAAAUGCCUAUAAUCACACCAGCAUAUCCUUGUAUGAAUUCAAGUUAUAAUGUGUCCUCAAGUACACUACGAGUAAUGAUGGAAGAAUUUCAGCGUGGGAGUGCAAUUUGUGAGGAUCUUGAGAGGAACAAGGUUGAUUGGACAGCUCUUUUUGAGCCUUACCCCUUCUUUGACUCUUACAAAAAUUAUUUAGAAAUUGAUAUAUAUGCGGAAGGUGAAGAUGACCUAAGAAAAUGGAAAGGCUGGGUAGAAUCCAAGCUUCGUAUGCUUACUUUGAAAAUUGAAAAGUAUACAUACGGCAUGCUUCAAUGUCAUCCACACCCAGAUGAUUUCUUGGAUCCUGAAAAGCCAUAUCACUGUUGUUUUUUUAUGGGUUUGCAACGCAAACAAGGUAUGCGGGUACAAGAAGGAGAACCAUUUGACAUAAGGGCAUGUGUGGAGGAAUUCAAGCAGACAGUUGGUACAUAUACACUCUGGAAACCGGGCAUGGAGAUUACUGUGUCUCAUAUUAAGCGGAGGAAUAUUCCUGCAUUUGUUUUCCCAGGUGGGGUUCGUCCCCAGCGGCCCAACAAAGUUUCAUCUACUGCUGGGAGGCCAAUGUUUGUCUCUGAUGCAAGUGCCUCAGUUUCAAAUGGUGCAGCCAAUCAUGAUGCUUCUUUGGUGGAUGAUGAACUAGAUGGAGUUUCAGGGGAAGUUGCUAGCAUGGGAAAAAGAAAGAGGGAGAAAACACCUGAAUAUAUGUCAACCAAAAAAUCUAGAACAUCUCCUCCAUCUAAUGGUAGGACAGUUUCAAAUCUGGAAACAGGGAGCCCUUCGGUGGAUGAUGAACUAGAUGGAUUGUUAGGAGAAGGUGCUAGCAUGGGAAAAAGUGAGUAUGUGUCAACCAAGAGGUCCAGGGCAUCUCCUCCAUCUAAUGGUAGGAUAGCUUCAAAUCUGGAAACAGGGAGUCCACCUGCUGAAUCGAUCACAACACAAGCUUUUCAAAUUAAUACUGCUGAGGAAGUUGCCAUAACAAAGAUAACAUGUGGUCAACCCAAUGGAUUUGGAUCAGUUGAGGAACUGGACGAACUGGACGAGUAUCCGACAUUAAUUCCAACAAAUACAAUUUCAGUGGAUAAGAAGUCUGUCAAUUCCAUGUUGGCAAAGAAUGAAAUUGCACGGCCCAAAGUAGUUUUAUCAUCUAAACCACAUUUGGACAAAUUUGAGUCUGAAAGUGUGGAGGAACUUGAGCCUCUUGGGUUAACUGGCAUGGGAUGCAUUGGUUCUGGCAUUAAGUCCGAACCUAAAUCUGAACCUCAACGGAAGCCUUUAAUCAGGUUAAAUUUGGCUGCACCAAGGAGCAAAUCGACUAACGCAUGAACUUUGGCAGAUAAAACAUGAUGCCGAGUGGGCCAUUUGAUUGAAGAGCAGCUACACCAAAUUGCCUUUGGAAGCAUGGAUGUUCGGAAACCCUCAAUUCAUAAUUGUCAGAUAAUUACUACUUUGUAAAAUAAGUUGAUAAAUUUAUGAAAUUGGUCUUACAAUGCUUCCAAUAGCACCAGUUCUAUAUAAAAAUGACUUCUGUACAUCUCUUUAAUUAGAUCUCGAUUUUACAUAAUGGCUUGAUGCCUAGAGAUCUAUUGUACAGAGUCACCUACUGCCCUUCAAAUUUCUUUUAUACAGACAGCAUCUGUCUGUAAAUUUCUGUUGGCUCCAUUAUUCUGUACUGUUGCAGAACCAAGAAGGUUCCAAAUACAAUUUUUCGAAUUAUUGGGGAGACAUUUGUGAUGCUAAUUUCUUGUGUACAAUAGGACACAUAAGAGUUGAUUUUGUGUAAGAGAAUAAUGUGCACAACCAACAUGGCCUAGAAGUAUUUAUUUUUAUAUGCAGAAAUAUUAAUAUUAUCAUUCAAUGGUUCAUGUCA